UAGCCAAUUAAAUUUAAAAUGGCUGAAUAUGAUCUCACAUCAAAAAUUGGUUGUUAUUUGGAUCGCCACUUGGUGUUUCCAUUAUUGGAAUUUUUAUCUGAACGAGACAUAUUUGAUGAAAGGGAUUUGCAUAAAGGAAAAAUUGAUCUUCUGAGCAACACAAACAUGGUGGAUUUCGCAGUGGAUGUUUAUAAAACUUUGUAUCCUGGCGAGGAGGCUCCUGCUCAUCUAACAGAGAAAAGAUUAGAAGUUGUCGGCUUAUUAAAAUCCCAUACUACAAAAACUAUGCCUAUCGUUGAGAUUUUCAAUAACCCGGAAGUCAGUAAACAGGUCGAAACUGUUAGAGACGGAAAACAACUUUUCGAAUAUCUGGAAACAAACCAUGCAUUUAGGCUCGAAGACUUAGAUUCUUUAUAUGAUUAUGCCAAGUUCCAGUAUGAAUGUGGUAACUAUUCAGGUGCUGCUGAAUACCUAUACUUUCAUAGAGUUCUUGUAAGUCCGACAGAUAAACAUGCGAUGGAUACUUUGUGGGGGAAACUGGCUAGUGAAAUAUUGAUGCAGAAUUGGGAUACAGCUUGGGAAGAUUUGCAUAGAUUGCGAGAAACAAUAGAUGCAAACACAAUUGCUACUCCUCUGCAGCUACUCCAGCAGAGGACAUGGCUGAUCCAUUGGUCUUUGUUUGUAUUUUUCAAUCAUGCUAAGGGCAAAGAUGAAAUCAUUGAACUUUUUCUCUAUCAACUACCUUACUUAAAUGCUAUUCAAACCAUGUGUCCCUGGAUACUUCGUUAUCUCACAACGGCAGUUAUCACAAGUAAAAGGAGAAGACAGGUUUUGAAAGAUCUUGUUCGUGUAAUUCAACAAGAGACCUACACAUACCGUGACCCAGUCACUGAAUUUAUUGAAUGUCUUUACAUUCAUUUUGAUUUUGAUCGUGCUCAAGAAAAACUGAGGGAAUGUGAGACUGUAUUGGCAAACGAUUUCUUCCUCAUUGCUUGUCUUGAUGAGUUCAUAGAAAAUGCAAGAUUGUUCAUUUUCGAAACAUUUUGCCGUAUUCAUCAGUGCAUUAGCAUUGAUAUGCUGGCAGAGAAACUCAACAUGAGUUCGGAAGAUGCAGAGAGAUGGAUUGUGAAUCUAAUCAGAAAUGCUCACUUGGAUGCUAAAAUAGACUCCAAACUGGGCCAUGUCAUGAUGGGAACACAAGCAGUGUCACCAUAUGAGCAGGUUAUAGAGAAAACUAAGAAUUUGGCUUUUCGAAGUCAAAUGCUCUCUACCAAUGUUGAGAGAAGACUGACAAAGGAAAAAAGUUCCAAUGAAAGUGCAGUUCCACAUUGGGCUGGUGGUCCAAAAGAAGGGUGGUGAAGUUUAACAUGUUUACUAUUUUGCAUCAUGCAGAAGCAUUGCCAGAGUUGGAAAUAUAUGGAGUGUGUGGUAUAGGGAAUGAAAAGAAUCAAGAAUAAAAUAGAAUUUUUAAA